AUGGAGAGGUACGCGAAUGACACAAGAGUGACUCAGCCGUUCAGAAAGCACCACUGGUGGAAUGUCGUAAAAAAUGAAGCGAAGUGGAAAGGACAACAUGGUCCUGGUAGUGGAACCGACUCCGGUUCCAAGAGAAGCCGUCUAGGACCUUUCGGUGAGUACAGCUCUAGCGACGCGACGGGCGACACGGAGGAAGAGCGUCCAACGGGCCGCGAUAGGGCCAAGUCCGCGGCACAUCAGAAUCAACGCGCAUUCAACAAAACGCCCGCAGAAAUGGGGGCGCCCUCCUCCUUCCUCUGCGCCCUCCUCCUCCUCGCCGCCUUCGCCUGCCACUUCAAUGGUGAUCUCAUCGCGCUCAGGUCGCACGGGCGGCGGCAUCACUCCCGCAGCCACGGCCACGACCAUGACCACGUCCACGGCCUGGGCGUCAACUACGGCACCAUCGGCGAUAACCUCCCCACGGCGGCGCAUUCCGUCAAACUCCUCCGCUCGGUGAAGGCGGGCGCCGUCAAGAUCUACGACGCCAACCAGGACAUCCUCCACGCGCUGGCCGGCACGGGCAUCCCGGUCUCCGUCAUGGUGCCCAACGAGAUCAUCCCCAAGAUCGCCGCGUCCCGCCGGAACGCGCGCAGGUGGGUGGCCAAGAACCUCUCUCGGCACCCCCGGGUCAAGAUCAUAUACCUCCUCGUCGGCAACGAGCUUCUCUCCAACCAGGCCAUCGCGGGAUCCACGUGGGGCAAGAUCGUCCCCGCGAUGAAGAACCUCCGCCGCGCCCUCCACUCCUACAAGCUCGGCCACGUCAAGCUCGGCACCCCGCUCGCCAUGAGCGCACUGUCGGCGUCCUUCCCGCCGUCCGCCGGCGAGUUCCGCGAGGACAUCGCCGAAUCCGUCAUGAAGCCACUGCUCCAGUUCCUCAGCGACACCCGCUCCUACUUCUUCAUCGACGUGUACCCGUACUUCGCGUGGGUGGGCAACCAGAAGGACAUCCUGCUCGACUACGCGCUCUUCCAGAGCCACACCACCGACAACGUCGUCGAUCCGGGCUCAAAGCUCAUCUACACCAACCUGCUCGACCAAAUGCUCGACGCCACCAUCGCCGCCAUGGCCAAGCUCGGCUACCCCGACGUGCCGCUGGCCAUCUCGGAGACCGGCUGGCCCAGCGGAGGAGGUGACGGCGCCAAUGUAGUCAACGCCGAAACCUACAACCGCCACCUCGCCACGCGGAUGUCCCAUACACCCGGCACGCCAGCGCGCCCGGAUACCUCGAUGCCCGUGUUCGUCUUCUCCCUGUACAACGAGGACCUGAAGCCCGGGGCGGGCACGGAACGGCACUGGGGGAUGUUCUACCCGAACGGGUCCUCGGUGUACGACGUAGACCUCACCGGCAAGCACUACUACGCGCCGCCGCCGCCGGGCCCUGGGCCGGUGCCUGUGCCGCCGCCGGGGCCGGCGCCAGGGCCGGUGCCACCUCCAGGGCCGCCGGACAACAACCCGACCGACGAGGGCGUGUGGUGCGUGCUGGCGACCGGCAAGCCCGUGAACGAGACGGCGGUGCAGAUCGCCCUGAACUACGCGUGCGAGCAUGGCGGGGCGGCAACGUGCGCCGCCAUACAGCAAGGCGGUGCGUGCUUCGAGCCCAACACCAUCGACGCGCACGCCAGCUAUGCGUUCAAUUCCUAUUGGCAGAAGUUUAAGAAGACUGGAGCUACCUGCUCGUUCAAUGGCCUCGCGGUGAAGACCACCAAAGAUCCAAGUUAUGGAACAUGCAAGUUCCCCACCUCUUCGGACCAGCCCGCCAAGGGCAAGUGGUGCGUGCUGUCGACCAGCAAGCCAGUGAACGAGACGGCCGUUGAGGCUGGCUUGAACUACGCCUGCGGCCAGGGCGGUACGGCCACAUGCGCCGCCAUCCAGCCUGGCGGUACGUGCUUCGAGCCCAACACCCUCGAUGCGCACGCGAGCUACGCGUUCAAUUCGUAUUGGCAACAGUUCAAGAAGACUGGAGCAACGUGCUCGUUCAAUGGCCUUGCAGAGACGACUACAAAUGAUCCAAAUGCACCUAGCUUAUAUGUUGUUGAUGUAACAAACGCAGGCCAUGGAUCAUGCAAGUUCCCCACCUCUUCGGACGAGACCGUCAAGGGUGAGUGGUGCGUGCUAGAGAUUGGCAGCGGUAACGCGGUGAACGAGACGGCGGUGGAGGCCGGCCUGAACUAUGCGUGCGGCAAGGCCACGUGUGCCGCCAUCCAGCCCGGCGGUGCGUGCUACGAGCCCAACACCCUCGACUCGCACGCGAGCUAUGCGUUCAAUUCCUAUUGGCAGCAGUUCAAGAAUACCGGAGCCACCUGCUCGUUCAAUGGCCUCGCGGUGAAGACCACCAAAGAUCCAAGGAAAACUGGCUCAGAGCCGGUGAAUGCUACUCCUUCUAGUGGGUUUCGAUAUUUCGCUCAAGGAAAUAAUCCUACCAUGGCACACACGGUUGCUCGAGAGGAAGGGAAUUUGGGUAUUGCAAUUUCAUCAGGUCUGCCUGAAGACUCGGUGAUGUCUUCAAAGCAUUCCACUGUUUCUCUGAAUGGAGAGAAUAAUAUAGGAGAUAUUACUAAGAAGAAUGUUAAGACUCCUGGUACAAGAGUUUACUUGGGAGGGCGGUAUUCUAGUGAGGAUAUUGUGGCUUUUGGUGGUAUUUCAGCUAGGGAAAUGGACGUUCGAAAGAAUCAGCUGUCAACCAAAUGCUGA